AUGGAAUUCUCGGAAGUGAUUGAGAUAUUAGACCGCGGCAGUUCGAUCGAUGUGCAAUCCGACUGCACUUUCGAGUCGCUCAUGAUCGGCAAAAAGACGUUGGAGCGACUGAGAAACGCGAAUUUCGAAAGGCCGUCGCCUGUUCAGGCUAAAGCCAUUCCGAUCGGACUUCUGGGUAGAGGUUAGAGCAUUUCAUAAUGGAAAUGUGCAAUUAUUAAUAAUUUUACAGAUAUGCUAGUGCAGGCGAAGUCGGGAACCGGUAAAACUCUAGUUUUUUCGGUGCUGGCCGUCGAAAAUCUGGACGUUCGCGCCUCGUACAUUCAGAAAGUGAUAGUGACGCCCACGCGAGAGAUAGCCGUUCAAAUCCGUGAAACUGUGCGGAAAGUCUCGCCGACAGGCUCCAGAACUGCGUGAGUUCUUUUUAUUUUUGUUCUUUAAAAUUUUAUACUUUUCAGCGUCUUUGUCGGCGGUUGUCCACACAAACAGAACGUCUACGAUUUGCAGACCACUCGUAAGUCAAACUUCCGCUGAAAUUUUUGCAAGAAUCUGGAAAAUUAACAGAUCCGCAGAUUGUAAUCGGUACAACCGGUCGAAUUUGUCAAUUGCUCAAAAUGGGCGCCAUGGACAUUUCGCGCGUCGAUUUUUUCGUGCUCGACGAGGCCGAUAAGCUGAUGGACGACAUUUUCAAGGAUGAUAUCAAGUUGGAAUCCAGCCUUUACUCCGAAAUUCGCAAUUUUUGCAGUUAUCUAAUAAACGCGCUGCCGCCGGUUCGUCAAGUGGCCGUGUUUUCGGCCACAUAUCCCCGGAACUUGGACCAAUUGUUGUCGACGUUCCUGCGAGACGCGGCACUUGUCCGAUUCAACGCAGGUGCGCUUUUUUUCCUUUGUUUUCCUCGAUUUUCAAACUUCAACUUUUCCGUUCAGAUGACGUUCAACUCGUCGGAAUCAAGCAGUACGUCAUCACAAAGUGCACGCCAAUGCUCGAAAAGUUGACCAGCGUUCUCAAAUCGAUUCGCUACGUUCAGGCGCUCGUUUUUUGCGAUCAAAUUGCAAAGUAACCGGGUUUUUUUGUAAAGAAAAAGCAACAUUUUUAAUUUUUUCAGAUGCGAACCGAUCGCGGCUCAUCUAAAGUCCGAAGGUCUCGACGUGACGUUCGUCUCGAGCGCCAUGUCACAGAAGGAUCGUCAAUUGGCUGUGGAUCAAUUGCGGAUGAAACGUGUGAAAAUUCUGGUGUCUUCCGAUUUGACCGCUCGCGGAAUCGACGCCGAAAACGUGAAUCUGGUGGUGAACAUCGACGCGGCGGCGAACGAAGAGACCUAUUUCCAUCGGAUUGGACGGGCGGCUCGCUUCGGAGCCCACGGAGCAGCCAUCACUCUUUUGGAAGACGAGAAGGCGAUGAGAUGUUUUACAGCGCUGGCCUAUCGCGGAAAAGUGACGACGAAACGGGCACGGCUCGAGGAGUUGCCUCAGGAUUUGCCGAAAAACACUGAUUUUUGGGACCAACUGCCGUUUUUCAUCGAUGUAAGUGGCGAUCUUCCCCGGUUUUUAUCGAAAUUUCUCGCUUUCAGUUCGAUAAAUCUGUCAAAAGGGAGGCUACCAACGAUUUGGAAAAGGUUCCGGAUCGGAAAACGGCUAUAGAAUCGCUGCAGAAGGCACGUGCCGCUUCUGGGAACGGAGACGUGGUGACCUUCAAAUAUGACAGAAACUCGAUGAUGGCGAUGAAAGCGACGUCGUCAGAAGCUUCAGAAGCUUUAGAAACGUCAAAAGUGACGUCUCCAAGUGGAAGCGACAAAGAGAACGGAGAGAACGGAGAGAACGGAGCUGGGGAUCAAGAAGAAGAAAAGGAGGAAGUGGUGGUGGAGAAGAAGACGUUCAAAGAACGAUUGGCAGAGUUGAAGGCGAAUAUUGAGGCGAAAAAGGUGGAAAACGCACAGAAAAAGGGAGUUAAGAAUGAGGAGAAGAAGGCGGAGAAGCCCGUCAAAUUUAAGUGAGUUUUUGCGUUUUUGUUCAAUGUUCAAUAAAAUGCACUAAUUUUAGGUUCGUUCCGACACGAACAAUAGCCAAAAAGAAAUAUUAUAUGCGUGGAGAGCUGCAGCACAUUCGUGACGCCUUUACCGACGCACAAUGGCGAAACUAUGCCGAAUCAAAGUUCGAUUUGAGCCAAGAACCGUUCAAAGACGCGUUCCCGAAGGAACCAGUGGCUCAGGAGCCCGAAAAACUGGAAACCCCAGUGGAGGCGACGAGAUUGUCGAAAAAAUCCGCGAAAAAUAGGAAUAACAAAGAGAAGACGAGAGUGAUUCGUUAUUCGCGCUUUAAAAUGAUCGAAGUGCAGAUGAAGCACUCGCGGGAAACGUGGCUCGAGUACGUGAAGGGCAAGUGGGACACCUCCGAAGAGCCGUGGGUGUUGGAUCCGAGCAUGCGGUGCUCGGUCAGCGAGCAACUGCGGCGACAGCGACGAAAAGAGAAGGAGGAUCGGAAGAAAGUGGUGGAGGAGCGGAAGGCGAAGCGGGAGGCCGAACGGGUGGAGCUGGUGGCAAGCGGGAGGACGACGGCGCGGGUGGAGAUUCGGGAGACUAGCUGGGAGGAGUACAAGCAGAGGGUCAGACGGCAGUUCGAGGAAAAGCGCAGCGAGCAGAAGGACGGAGAGACGAGAAGGAUCGGGCCAGUGGUCAGCUUUGUGCUAAGAUUUUUUUUAAAGGCUUUUGAGCUUUAACAAUCACAUUUUCGAGCUCAGAACCAGUGGAUUUCUCCGAAAAUUCAUACCCUUAUUUAACAUUUCAGGUUCCCCAACGAGAUCCUCCACAAGUGUACAAGAAUCGUGUGGAGAUGUACAAGCGCCGACUGGCGGAGCAGAAUGCGUGGCUAAAUCAUCAGAUUCGGAUCGAGGAUUCGAAGAUUGGCGAGAUUGAGACGCAAACGGAAAAUGGAGACGACGAAAAAGUGAUUGUGGAUGCGGAGAGUCAGACGGAAAAGGUGGAAAAUCAGGAAGAAGUAGAGGAUGAAGAAUAUUGGGAUGAAGAAGAAGUAGAAUGGUACGAAGAGGAAGAAGAAGAAGAAAAAGCGGCUCCGGAAAGACUCCAGCAGCAAAUGGCACAAUUGGGAGCCAAUUACGUGCGAAAUAUCAAUUUCCAGGCGGCCGCCCAAUCUUAUAUCGACUUGAUGACUUCCGCGUUCCAUCGACCCAGUUUGUAGUGAAAUUUGUUGAUAAUUAGCUUGUUUUUCCUUAAAAUAGCUAGCUUUGCCAUUUUUCGUCGAUCGCCGUGACAAUUGUGUGUUCAGUGUAGUUUUGCUGAUUUUUUCUGUAAAACGUUCAGAUUCCGCUCAUAUUUGCCCCCUCCGGUAGCUUUUUCUGUGUUCUCCAUCCAUUUCCCCGGGUUAACUCUUCUUUCUGUUCUAUUGCAUGAUCACUUUUCCGUUUCUGCUCCUUUUUGCGCUAAAUCUGAAAUAAGUUUUGAAAUUUCCCACUUUCUGCCCAAUCUCUUCGAUUAUUUCUGGUCGUUCGACACCGUUUGCCAUAUUUUCUGUGAUUUUUCUGGAAAUUUCCAGAAAUUAACCCAAUUUUGUAGAAUCUCAUCCGAAAAUGCCACCAGCGCACGCUAAGAAAACCGGAAAGAAGGGCGGACCCUCGAAGGCUGGUAAGCUUUGAAAAAUAUUGAUAUUUUGAAAUUCCACUGAAAAUUGUAAAUUUUUGACAGUGAAGCGCAUUCGUUACCGCCCGAUAAGUUUCAAACAUACUCGUUUCAUGAAACACGCGCAUUUCAAUUAUCGAGGUUUUUUGUUUUCUUAAUUUCUUUUCUGAAUUGUUUUCAAAUCAAUUCCACGUAGGUUCAUUCCGGAAACUCCGUUUUUCAGCUGCUCCCGAUGAGGAUUUCGAUGCGAUUCUCGCUGAAUUGAACAUGGCCGACGCGAAGGCGGCCGCCAAGGAGGUUACGAAAAAGAAGACCGCUCAGGGCAAAAAAGGUAUAAAACUGAGGCGAAGGGGGUGAACAAUGGACAGGGUGGUCGACUGAAAAAAAGGAACAAUUUAAACAAUCUCGCAACCCUCCGCCUCCAAUUGGAGGCGGAGGUUCACGAGUACGAUUCAGCAGAGCAAUGAUGAUUUGAAGAAGCUCUGAAAAGUUUCAUUUCACUUACUAUUUCUCUCAAAUGGAACUCAAAUGGUUACAAUUUGAACGAGACUGAGCUCUGAAUCGCUUUUUAAAAGGGAAAUAGUGAAAACUUCGCCUUUUCAAAUUCCAAGUGCAAUUCUGCAGGCGCCGGCUCUUCGGAGUCGGAUUCGCCGGCCGCCGUCGCGCCAGCAGCCGCCAAGCAAGCGUGGCAGGCGGAAAUCGCGGCGAUGACUCCGAUCGACGAGCAGUUUGCCGACGGAAAGUUCCCGCACAGCAAGGACGAGACGCCGUACUACCUGAAGGGAAAGGACGGACGCGUGGCGACGGACCGUGAGAGCAACGAGGAAAAAAAGGCGUUGGACGCGAGCUACGAAGAGACGUGGCAGGAUUACCGCCGUUCCGCCGAGGCGCAUCGGCAGGUCAGACAGUACGUCAAGUCGUGGAUCAAGCCGGGCAUGAGCAUGAUCGAUAUCUGGUUCGUUUUCAACAUUUUCUAGUAGAAAAAGUGGGAUAUUCGGAAAACCGCAUAGUUUGAGUGUUUAUAUCUGAACACACUUAAAUUAUGUUCCUAACUGGCAAAAACCAUCCCUUCGAUCCCUUAAAAUCUUUAAUCAACCGUUUCCAACAAAUUAUGUUAGUUUUCUUAUCAGAAUAACCUUUUUACAGCGAACGUCUCGAAACGACUUCUCGCCGUCUCAUCAAAGAGAACGGACUCGAGGCGGGACUCGCCUUCCCGACCGGAUGCUCUCUGAAUCACUGCGCCGCCCAUUAUACCCCGAACGCCGGAGACACCACUGUUUUGCAGUACGGAGACGUCUGCAAGGUAGGAACUUGGGGGGAAAUGAGGAAAAAAGCGAUAUUUUCAAUUUUCGUCUUUUCGCCUUCUCGCGCACCUAUUUGUUGCUCUUGUUGCAAAAAAACGGGUUUCUUGAGCAAAUUCUGUUGCAAAACGUCCCCAACUUAAUUUUUCUACCAAUUAUUAUUCAGAUCGACUACGGAAUCCACGUGCGUGGGCGUCUCAUCGACUCGGCGUUCACCGUUCACUUCGACCCGAAGUUCGAUCCGCUCGUGGAGGCGGUGCGCGAGGCGACGAACGCCGGAAUCCGCGAGUCGGGCAUCGACGUGCGUCUCUGCGACGUCGGCGAAGUCGUCGAGGAGGUGAUGACGUCGCACGAGGUCGAGUUGGAGGGAAAGACGUACGUGGUGAAGCCGAUCCGCAACCUGAACGGCCACUCAAUCGCCCAGUACCGCAUCCACGCCGGCAAGACGGUGCCGAUUGUGAAGGGCGGUGAGCAGACGAAGAUGGAGGAGAACGAAAUCUACGCGAUCGAGACGUUCGGCUCCACUGGAAAGGGAUUGGUGCACGACGACAUGGAGUGCUCGCAUUACAUGAAGAACUUCGAGUUGGCCGACGAGAAGAUCCCGCUCCGACUGCAAAAGUCGAAGGGACUGCUCAAUCUCAUCGACAAGAACUUCAGCACGCUCGCAUUCUGUCGCCGUUGGAUCGACCGUCUCGGAGAGACGAAAUAUCUCAUGGCGCUCAAGGAUCUUUGCGACAAGGUGAGGGAAAAUUAUUAUUAUUAUUAUUUAUUACGCACCUUCUGUGCGCGAAAAGAAAAUAGGAAUCAUCAAAUUUACCUCUUUACGUUGAAGUUCCUAUAAUAUGUCAAUAUUUUGCAGGGAAUCGUGGACGCGUAUCCGCCGUUGUGCGACGUGAAAGGCUGCUACACGGCGCAAUGGGAGCACACCAUUCUGAUGCGUCCGACUGUGAAGGAGGUCGUCUCCCGUGGAGAUGACUAUUAA